AUGCAUUUCCAACCAUCAACGCCCAGCAAUUCAGUCUUGUCAUGUCCACUAUCUUCAACCACUGCCCUCGUGUCGAAUGGCAACACCAAUGACCAACCCAUUGGAGAUCUUGAAGCUGAUGGACCAGGUGUGCCGCUAUCUGAUUUGCUUGUGGAUAUCGAGUCUCGUGCAACCACUACGUGUAGACGCCCUCUGGAUGAUGUUGAUGUUGAUGAUGUUGGUGAUGGCGCCAUGGACCAACAAGAAAGUGAUGUGAUUGAUGAUUGUGGUGAAGAAGCUGCUCAAGUACAAGGUCAUGUGCAAGAAUAUCUGCUCAAGAUGCAAAGCAAGUGGUUGGUGCAAGAACAAGUCCUUUUGGAUAUAUCCUCUCGAUGUUUUCUUUGUUUUGCGUGUGAUGUGAAGCCUGUUGGCAAGGCAACUGAUGUGGUCACGUUACGCUGA